CCGAAAUAGACGAAAAUCGGCCGAAAUGCAGAGUGAGAAGGAUUCCUCCUGUCAGGGCAGCUCGAAAGCCAGUCAGACUCGCCGCCGGAAAAGCUGCCGAGGGUGCGUUUUGCACGUCGGGGUGCGAUUCCAGUUCCGCCCAUCGGUGGUGGCCGACUACCCCUCUCCGGCAGUGUCUGGCGGCGUGCAGAGGGGCCCCUCUUUCAGCGGCCACGGCUUUGGCGGCGGCAGCAGCCAUCCACCCCCGAAGAAGGAAGGAGAAGUGAGCGCGUUAUGCCGUGGCACAUCAUCAGGCAGGCACACACAGCUAGUGUAAAACUUACGGGUGAAUGGAACGGUCAUCCAAGUGUGUAGCUGGUGAGCCCGCUUGACUUGUCUCCGCAACGAGCACAAAUCGCAGCACCAAGCCUCGUUGGCCACCGUCCGAUUUUCCGCUGCACGUCCGAACCCGACGACCUCUGCCCCCGAAUCUCUCCAACUGUUCUUUCGGACGACUGACUUUUCCACCGUUUCUCCGGCGACCCAGCGACCGGCAAACGACGCACCUUCAGUCUCGUGAUCACCUUUUGCACCUCAUGCUGGCUCACUGCUAAGGCGUGGGUCCCCGGCCCAACCAAGACUACUCCAGCCGAACCCUGCCACCCGAGCAGGGCAGUUUCAUCCCCCAGUUGUGCCAAACAUCCGCCAAGACGUUGAUAGGACCAAGCCUGGUGGCGGCCGGGCGGGAGGGCGGCUGCUCCGAGGCCUUCUGGAAGAUGCCCCACAAAGGCGUUUUCUCAGGUCUCCACCAGUCGACCCAGCUGUUAGGCGAGCGACUCCUGCUGCCCGCCUCCGACGGAUCAGGUCACAGCGGAAUCAACCAGCUCGGAGGAGUUUACGUCAACGGCCGUCCGCUGCCCGACUCGACCCGCCAGAAAAUCGUCGAGUUGGCCCAUUCUGGGGCCAGGCCGUGCGACAUUUCGCGCAUUCUUCAGGUCUCCAACGGCUGCGUUUCCAAAAUACUAGGAAGGUACUACGAGACCGGUUCCAUCAAACCUCGAGCAAUAGGGGGCUCGAAACCCAGAGUGGCCACCACACCGGUGGUUUCCAAGAUCGCCGACUACAAGAGGGAAUGCCCGUCCAUCUUUGCCUGGGAAAUCCGAGACCGACUGCUCUCCGAGGGCGUGUGCACCAACGACAACAUUCCUAGCGUGUCGUCGAUUAAUCGGGUGCUGCGCAAUCUGGCCGCACAAAAAGAGCAGCAGGCGUCCUCGCAGAGCGAGUCUGUCUACGACAAACUGCGGAUGUUCAACGGGCAGGCCCCAGGCUGGGCCUGGUACCCCGGGACGACGCCGACGCCGCACCUCAGCCUGCCGCCAAACCCGACGGCUGCUCUUCCGUCGGCCGCCCAAGUCACCAGGGACGACCUGCAAAAGCGAGUGGAUGGCGUGAUCAAUGAAAGCACUUCAGACGGCAACUCGGAGCACAACUCUUCUGGCGACGAAGAUUCGCAACUGCGACUGCGGUUGAAACGCAAAUUGCAGCGAAACAGGACGUCAUUCACCAACGAACAAAUCGAAGCUCUGGAGAAAGAGUUCGAGAGGACGCACUACCCAGACGUAUUCGCUAGGGAGCGGUUGGCUGAGAAGAUUGGACUUCCCGAGGCCAGAAUACAGGUGUGGUUUAGCAACCGCAGGGCAAAGUGGCGAAGGGAAGAGAAACUGCGCAAUCAGCGUCGAUCCGUGGAUCCAGUGGGUAGUUCGAGCACACCAUCAAGCGCGGCGGCCGCAGCCGCUGCGGCCGCUGCUGCCACCAGACUGCCCAUCAACCCUGCUGGCUUCAACUCGAUGUACCCAUCGAUCCCGCAGCCGAUUGCAACCAUGGCAGACACCUACAGUUCCAUGUCGACCAGUUUGAGCAGCAUGAGUGGCAGUUGUCUGCAGCAGAGGGACUCGGGCUACCCCUACAUGUUCCACGACCCCCUGUCUUCGCUCAGCUCGACCUACAACUCGCGGGCAGCCGCCGCCGCGGCCGCGUGCAACUCGGCCGUGGCCGCCGCCGCGCAGGGCGCCUCUCAUCACGCCUCCUACGGCUCGCCAACCACCACUUCAGCAUCCACCACAGGAGUGAUAUCUGCGGGAGUGUCGGUGCCAGUACAAAUCCCGAGCCAGAACCCCGACCUGACCUCGAAUUACUGGCCUCGGAUUCAGUGAUCUCAGCUUUUCGGUUUUCCACACAGCCGCUGCUUCCUGUUGGAAAACCAUGCGCAGCCGGGAACGCCAUCGCCAGGCGCCGAUCCCGCCGCGAAUGUGACCGAGAGCCAGCAAGCACCCAUAUCUCAGGCAUAGACUCUUGAACUCUCAGUUUGAAUUAACCGAAGCACAUCUGUUAACCAAUCGUACCCCCCAAGAGGAGGAGAAACUCAAAAACUCUCUUUUUACUCUCUCUCACACACACACAGUUUCAACGACCAAACAAAAAGAAAGCAACAUCCCGGUAAUCAAGGUUGUAUUGAGGUGAAGAUACAAAAAUCGGAUAGAGUUAUAAAAUGUUUUGAUUCACUUGAAAGAGCGCAAAGUAAAUUGUCUAUUGCCGCAGAUGGAGUAAUUUUAAUAUGUGCAAUAACUGUUCAACUUGCAGAGCAGGCCAAUUUUAUAUCGUAGCAAAAUCGACAAAAAUUAAUUCUUCUGUAAAAUAUUUAAAUAUAUAUAUAAAUGUCAUAUGUGGAACUGAAACAAUUGUAUGGCAUGAAAAGCACCGCGUCAAAAUUAUUUGCGGUAAUUAAUUUGAAAUUAAUUUUGGCCUGCUUCACCCCCUGUCCUGUACAUAUUUCAAAUCUCACACACGUCUCAACUAGGCCUGAACACUAGCUGUAAUUAUAAAAUAUCGAGAGAUAGGCAGUUAUAAAUAUAUUAAUAUAAAAAAAAUUGAAUCUUGCAGACUUGUAUUGUGUGAACGAAACAGAGUUCUUGCUUUUUUGUAUAAGAGUUGUGAACUGGUUGUUGUUAUCGCUAUAUUAGUAGACAAUGAUGGCAAAUAGUUCAAAUCGCCCCCGAUCGAAUACAAUGAAACGAGACCCUCCCCCCGAUUCAACCCUCCCUCCCUCCUGCAAUGCAUGCUGCUCCUUUGUAUAAAUGUGUAUAAAGAGAUAAGAUCCCAGCAUCGUAUUCAUUAUAUCCCAAACUGCAUGUGAAGCAAUGUAUUGGUGAAGAUCAUAAUAAAGAAGGAACAGGAAUUUACCAGUAGAGACUUUACCAUUACUUUCACCGAGAGAUUUUGUGUGCAGCAAACGAAAAUCACAGUUCGUGUAUAAAAAUAGAGACCCCUUCGUUCUCUCCGUUUUAUUGACAAAAAAAAAAAGAAGCAGUGUUUGAUUUGCAAUAAUAAGAUGUUAUCCUGUGAUUACUGUAUAACAACAACAUAAAAAUAAUAAGUGUUCUAGCGAGUGUAGCCAAAUAAUAAUUAUUAAAAAUAUGUGUAGACGCAAGAUACCAAUAAAUGAAUUACUAUCUUGUAAAAGUUUAAUUUUUCUCUAGUUUAAAAAAAAAUAUAUAUAUGUAAAUUGGCACUUCUUUGAUCAUCUGGUGACACCCGAAGG